CCAAUUAUCAAACCCGUUAGAAACCUUGUUUCUAACCGUGUUUCUCUCACAAAAGUGGCUCUCCCCUCUCUCCUCCUUGCAGUUCAGCUUUUAAACCCGAGAAGAGCUGAGUUCACGACCGUGAACCAUCAAACGCGUCCGUGAACUCACGUCGUGCGCCAAAAAGGCUCCGCAUCGCUCACGGCAGUUCACGGUCUUAGUGACCGUGAACUCACCUUGCGUCAGUAACCUUCACAUUGGCUCUGGACGCCUUGCGAUUCACGGUUAAGCCUCGUUCUUCACGGUCUUGCACAACCGUGAACUCCUUCCGUUAGCCGUGAACUGAUUCUGUUUCACCUCUUUUCCCAGUUUUCGAUCCUUUUCGCCAAUCAUUCAACUCCAAGGCUUGUUUCACCUGUUUAAUCCUGAAACACAUUCAAAUACGAAGAACCUCGCGUAAAACCAACCUUUAAUGGGCAAAUUUGACACAAACAUCUAAGUCAAACGGGGACAAAACAUGAAUAGGCAUGAAUCAUACUUCCUCAUAAUUCCUUUCAAUUCUUGUAAUUGUAAGAGCAAGGUCAUCCUUGCCGCGGGCUCUGCCAUCGCACCGACAAGAACUCCAGGGGCGACGGGGAUGAUGAUACCGAGAUACAGCCAAAUCGUAAGAGAAAUAGAACAAAGUUGAAUUGAUAUCAAUUUCAAAUCCCAAUGAAACAGUCCAAAACUCGAUAGCGAUCGCUGGUGUUGGCUCCCCGACGAUCAGUGGAAGAAGAUGGUAAACUGUUCGACGAUCUCUCUGUUUUGGGUAAACGAAAAAAUCGCAGUGAAAAAUAAUUAUAAAAACGAGUUUGGGUUCGAAAAUGAGUAAACCAAAGGUACUAGAUUCAACCUGUUCGGGUUAAGUGGUGGGUCUGAAUCAAAGGUCACGAUUUAAUGUGGUUUAUCGCACGGCUAAUACAAUGGCGGCACUGAUGCAGUGGCGGUACCUUAGUUGUUGCCAUAGAUAGAUAGAAGAAGAUAGACAGAUUUUUGUACUAAAAAAUCUCACAUUCAUUUUCCCCUAAUUUCCACGCAAAGCAUUCUACAAAUGAUGCUAUGGAAAAAGGAAAAAAAAAACAUUCUACAAAAGAUCGAUAUGGUCACUCUCUCCAAAUCGGGAUGGCGAACCAGACAACAAUGCGUUCGGUUUUUUCUGGCGGGUGCAAAAUUAUCAGAAUUCAGAGCAAACAAGCUAGGAUUCCAUUUUCCCCACAUGAUAAGACUGCUGAUCAGUUCGGCCAUGAGAUUGGAUGAGAAGGUGAGAGUUUGACGAAGAAACACGCCACUAUCAUUUCCUCCAUUUUUUUGCUACCUGUAAUAUUCAAAAUCCAGCAACUUAUCGAGUCUUUCACAUAACCACGGCGUCGCCGCCGGCAGGUCUCGUUUUUGGACUGUUCGGAAUCGACACUGGGUUAGAUUCAUUCCCGUUGUUGUAAUCGUUGAGGGAAGAGCUUUUAUCCGAUGAAGGCAGGCAAACUGUUUGUGAAAAUGUCUGAACCAAUUUACUCCGAACAGGGUGCCCGCCUGUCUUUAAUUACAAGUCAUCUCGCCCACGCGGGCAGAACCGCAGAAGCAAAGCCGUCACUGACAAACCCCACACCACCACCUUAUCUUCUCUCUACCAAGUGGCCAAAUGGGGUUGGGUUGAUUUGAUCUAUGAUCUAUAUCCAUCUAUGUUUUGUAUUAUAAUAUUCAGGUAUUCAUUUCUCUGAGAGCUCUGUGAGGAAAGAUGGUGGCUUUUAGCUUUAUUUUUAUAAAUUAUCCCGAAUUUCUAUGAUGGGUCGUCUCCUUUACCUCUUUUUUUGGAGGGGAGGAUUCUUUAAAGGACUGACCAAUACCAAAACCAAAUCCCAAUCCUUCCUUCUUUCUUCCCUUUUCAGGAAACUGGUUUAGGGCACCUUCCUUUUUCUGGUUCUCUGUUCUUCCCCCAUCUCUGGCUCGCUCUGUUUUCCAGUAAUCCAUCUCUUCCCAAAGCUCAUGGAGGGCGCCGCUCCGUCCAAUGAACGCCUUGGGUUUGGGAAGAUGGGUUAUGGAUGCGAGCAUUACAGGAGGAGAUGCAAGAUUCGAGCACCUUGCUGCAAUGAAAUUUUCUCCUGCCGCCAUUGCCACAACGAGGCUACGAGCAUGUUGAAGAACCCCUGUGAUCACCACGAGCUAGAUCGGUGUGAUGUCAAGCAAGUUGUAUGUGAAGUUUGUGACACAGAGCAGCCGGUUGCCCAAGUUUGUACAAAUUGUGGUGUCAACAUGGGGGAAUACUUCUGUGGAAUAUGCAAAUUCUUCGAUGAUGAUAUCGAGAAAGGGCAGUUUCACUGUGAUGAUUGUGGUAUCUGCAGAGUUGGUGGUCGUGAGAACUUCUACCACUGCAAGAAGUGCGGUUCUUGCUAUUCGAUUUCCCUCCGAGACAAUCACUCGUGCGUGGAGAACUCAAUGCGCCACCAUUGCCCAAUAUGCUACGAGUACUUAUUUGACUCCAUGAAGGAGACUAUAGUAAUGUUAUGUGGGCACACAAUGCACCGUGAAUGUCGCGAUGAAAUGAUGAGGCACGACAAAUACUGUUGUCCAAUAUGUUCAAAGUCAGUCAUUGACAUGUCCAAGGCUUGGAAAAACAUAGACGAGGAGAUCGAAGCAACAGUCAUGCCAGAGGACUACCGAAACAAAAAGGUUUGGAUCCUAUGCAAUGACUGCAACGACACUACAGAGGUCAACUUCCACAUAAUUGGACAGAAGUGCAGCCACUGCAAGUCAUAUAACACGAGAACCAUUAGACCUCCUGUUCUUCCGCAGCAAUGAUGGAUUAGUUGGAAGCGAGGGCCAGGGAGAUUGAGAUAAGAAGGAUGACAUUGUUGUUGUAAUCAACCAUUUCUGUCUUGGAAACCAAAUUGGUUGCUGUAACAUUGUGGUUUUCGGAUGUGAAUUUUCUUUUGUUGUUGUACCAUUGAAGUUUGCUCGAACUUCAUUCCCUGCACCUCAGAAACUUGGUUUCUUGCCAGGCCAUUAGUUCUUUCCAUCUCCAGAUUGUGGAGUGUUUUGAUUGAUUGUUGCCCAGUCUAGUUGAACUGUAUGUUUCUGGGUUCCAUGUAUAAACUCUUAUACAGCAGCAACAUGAAAAAUGAAUCAAGUUCUUGUUUCGAUACGGGAUUUAUCAAGUAGUCAAGUUUUAAUAUGGUACGGUAUGGAUCAACUCGUUGCACACUCGUUGCAGUAUCAGCCUUGUGAAUGUUAUAAGAAUGCAAAUUGUGGAAUAAUGGAUAUGGAUCACU